UCUGUUUGUUCGUGUUUAUAGUUUCUUUUUUUCUCUCUCGCCUCGAUCCCAAAGAAUAACGAUUCCGAGCUCGCGAUCUAACCCCGGAUCUGAGAUCAAAAUAUUUUCUCGGGAAAACAUAAAUUUUCUUUCUUCUAAAUUGUGCACCUAAUUUUUCAGAUCUCAGGCGAAUAAAGCAGAAAAAAGAAGGAAAAAAAAUUAAAACCCUAAUUUCGUUUUUGCGAGAUCUUGUCGUAAAAAAAAAAAGAAAUCUUUGUAUAAAUUCGUUGUUGUUUGAGAAAUAAUCGCGCCUGUGUAUAGUAGACAUACUGAUUUAUGGUGUUUCUCAGAUCUAAUCGUAUUAAAGAGAUUGAGGAUUAUAAUUUAAGAAGUGUGAUGGGGAGAAUUGAGAGUGGAAGAGUUGUGGAAGACGUUGAAGAAGGUGAGAUUUCGGAUUCGGCUUCUGUGGAAGAGAUCAGCGAAGAGGAUUUCAAUAAGCAGGAAGGUAAUGGUACUGGUAGUGGUAAAGUUAUGUCCGUCAGCGAUUCGAAUUCCAAGGAAUCCAAGUUUGGUGACUCUAGGGUUUGGACGAUGCGAGAUCUCUAUGCGAAUUAUCCGGGAUUUCGCGGCUACACGACGGGAUUGUACAACCUUGCGUGGGCGCAGGCCGUGCAGAAUAAACCUCUCAAUGAGAUUUUCGUGAUGGAUGUUGACGCCGACGACAGCUCGAGAGUAGUGCUCUCGUCGGCUUCGCCGGCGGUUAAUAGCGGCCGGAGAGAGGGGAAGAAUGGUGUGAAGGAAGUGGAGAAAGUGGAGAAAGUUGUGAUCGACGACAGUGCUGAUGAGAUGGAGGAGGGGGAGCUCGAGGAGGGCGAGAUUGAUUUGGAGUCGGAGCCGACGCAGAAGCCCGCCGGAGAAGAAGCGAAAGACGGGGAUUUGAAUUGUGAAGCUGAGAAUGUUGGUGGGUUAGAGGUUGAUUCGAGACGUGACGAGUUGGAGAAAAGAGUGGACUUGAUUUGGGAAACUCUUGGGAGUGUUAAUGUGGUUAAUGCAGAGAAAUCAUUUGAGGAAGUUUGUUCGCGGCUACAGCGCACUUUGGAGAGCUUGCGAGGAGUUCUUUCAGAAAAAGAAUUUAGUUUUCCAACAAAGGAUGUUGUCAUUCAGAUGUCGAUCACUGCUAUUCAAGUUGUCAAUUCUGUGUUCUGCUCCAUGAGUGUGAAUCAAAAGGAACAAAAGAAGGAAACUUUAUCAAGAUUGUUUUGUUCUGUAAAGAACUGCGGCACUCCUCUCUUCUCCCCUGAGCAAACGAAAGAGAUAGAGCUCAUGAUAUCCUCUUUAAAUCCGCUUAAUGUUUUGCCGAGUAGUGGAGCGAGUGAUAAAGAGAAAGAGACACAGAUUAUUGAGCGGCUCCAUGAGAUGGAUUCAAAUUUAACAAAUGCAAAUGCUGAAAAUGCCAGCAUUGAACGGACUUCUGUUAAAUUGCCCCAAGAUUGUGUAGCAUCUGUGGUUCAUAGUAACCCAAUUACAUUACCGGAACUUCUGAGGCCAGGAACGCUUGCAUUUAAGGGCAGGGGGCUUCUUCUCCCGCUCUUAGAUCUUCACAAGGAUCAUGAUGCAGAUAGUCUUCCAUCGCCUACACGAGAGGCGCCAUCUUGUUUUCCUGUCUACAAGCCUUUAGGUGUUGCAGAUGGGAUAAUUAAACCGGUGUCUACUACAGCUAAGGUGGCGCCCGGGGCAGAAGAAUCUAGACUACAUCGUUAUGAAACUGAUGCCCUCAAAGCUGUUUCCACCUAUCAGCAAAAGUUUGGUCGGGGUUCCUUCCUAAUGAGUGACAGGCUUCCAAGCCCAACCCCUUCAGAAGAAUGUGAUGAAGAGGAUGAUAUUAAUCAGGAGGUCUCAAGUUCUUUGACUAGUGGUAAUUUAAGAACGCCAGCAAUACCCAUUUUGAGACCAUCGGUUGUUACUUCCUCUGUCCCUGUAAGUAGUCCAACCAUGCAAGGACCAAUUGCGGCUAAAAAUGCUGCCCCUGUUGGUUCUGGCUCUAAUUCAACCAUGAAAGCCUCGGCAAGGAGUAGAGACCCUAGGCUUCGAUUUGCUAACUCGGAUGCGGGUGCAUUGGAUCUCAAUCAAAGACCCUUGACUGCGGUACACAAUGGACCUAAAGUGGAACCUGGUGACCCAACAAGCUCAAGAAAGCAAAGAAUUGUUGAGGAGCCCAAUCUGGAUGGUCCUGCAUUAAAAAGGCAAAGACAUGCAUUUGUAAGUGCCAAGAUUGAUGUCAAAACUGCGUCCGGGGUAGGUGGUUGGUUGGAGGACAACGGAACAACCGGACCCCAGAUAAUGAACAAAAACCAGUUAGUGGAGAAUGCAGAAGCUGACCCUAGAAAAUCAAUUCACCUGGUAAAUGGUCCCAUAAUGAACAAUGGCCCAAAUAUUGGUAAAGAGCAGGUGCCCGUGACGGGUACGAGUACCCCAGAUGCCUUGCCUGCAAUUUUGAAGGAUAUAGCUGUUAAUCCAACAAUAUUUAUGGACAUUCUUAAUAAGCUGGGACAGCAACAGCUAUUAGCAGCAGAUGCACAGCAGAAGUCCGAUUCUUCCAAAAAUACAACACAUCCCCCAGGCACAAAUUCAAUUCUGGGAGCAGCUCCCUUAGUGAACGUUGCUCCUUCUAAGGCUUCAGGGAUUUUGCAGACACCAGCAGUAUCACUUCCAACUACUUCACAAGUAGCUACAGCGAGCAUGCAGGACGAGUUAGGAAAAAUCCGGAUGAAACCCCGGGAUCCUCGGCGCGUACUCCAUGGUAAUAUGCUUCAAAAAAGCUGGAGCUUAGGGCAUGAACAGUUCAAACCUAUUGUGUCCUCAGUUUCAUGCACCCCAGGAAAUAAGGAUAACCUCAAUGGCCCAGUGCAGGAGGGUCAAGCUGAUAAGAAACAAGUGCCUUCCCAAUUGGUUGUGCAACCUGAUAUUGCUCGGCAAUUUACCAAGAAUCUGAGAAAUAUUGCCGAUCUUAUGUCUGUGUCACAAGCAUCAACAAGUCCAGCUACAGUUUCACAGAAUCUUUCUUCACAACCACUGCCAGUUAAACCAGAUAGAGGGGAUGUGAAAGCUGUUGUUCCGAACUCUGAGGAUCAGCAUAGUGGCACUAAUUCCACUCCUGAAACAACUUUGGCAGUUCCCUCCCGCACACCUAAUGCAUGGGGAGAUGUUGAGCAUCUAUUUGAAGGAUAUGAUGACGAGCAAAAAGCUGCUAUCCAGAGAGAGAGGGCUAGGAGACUAGAAGAACAGAAGAAAAUGUUUGAUGCCCACAAGCUUUGUCUGGUCUUGGAUCUAGACCACACACUUCUUAAUUCGGCUAAGUUUGUGGAGGUAGAUUCUGUCCAUGACGAGAUUUUGAGGAAGAAAGAGGAACAAGAUCGUGAAAAACCACAAAGACAUCUCUUCCGUUUCCCUCAUAUGGGAAUGUGGACCAAACUUCGUCCUGGGGUCUGGAAUUUUUUGGAGAAGGCCAGUAAGCUUUAUGAGCUGCAUCUUUACACUAUGGGGAAUAAGCUAUAUGCUACAGAGAUGGCAAAAGUGCUCGAUCCCAUGGGGACUCUGUUUUCUGGACGAGUUAUUUCUAGGGGAGAUGACGGUGACCCUUUUGAUGGCGAUGAGAGGGUUCCAAAGAGUAAGGAUCUGGAAGGUGUUUUGGGCAUGGAAUCAUCUGUUGUAAUUAUUGAUGAUUCUGUGAGGGUCUGGCCGCAUAACAAACUGAACUUGAUAGUUGUAGAAAGGUACACAUAUUUCCCCUGUAGUAGACGCCAAUUUGGGCUGCCAGGUCCUUCUCUUCUGGAGAUUGACCAUGAUGAGAGACCUGAACAAGGGACGCUAGCAUCUUCUUUGGCGGUUAUCGAGAAAAUACAUCAGAACUUUUUCUCCCAUCACUCCUUGGAUGAAGUAGAUGUUAGAAAUAUUCUAGCCUCAGAACAGCGGAAAAUUUUGGCUGGUUGUCGAAUUGUAUUUAGCAGGGUGUUUCCGGUCAGUGAGGUGAAUCCUCACCUACAUCCUCUGUGGCAAACGGCUGAACAGUUUGGUGCAGUGUGCACCACCCAGAUAGAUGACCAGGUUACCCAUGUAGUUGCCAAUUCCCCGGGGACUGACAAGGUGAACUGGGCUCUUGCAAAUGGAAAAUUUGCUGUUCAUCCUGGCUGGGUAGAAGCAUCAGCUUUGCUUUAUCGGAGAGCAAAUGAACAAGAUUUUGCUAUUAAACCACUGCCGCCACCCUAAACCUCUUUUGGUACUAAAAAAGCAAUUACAAGAAAACACAUUGGAACUAGGAUGGGUGUGCUUCAGGAUUUGCCGGGUGGGAUCAGAGCUAGACCUGAAAGUUUCGGUUCAUUCUUUCCACCCUGUAUGGACGGCGGCGGCUUCACCUCCCCUAUUUUACACUGCAAUUUUGCCGAAGAGGAGUUUAGUGAAAGCGUAUGAAUCAGCCAUGAGCCGUCAAUGCUUUGCGAUGAUUUUGAGUGAUUCUAGGUAGUUGAGCAUGGGGCCGUUUGAGCAAAGUUUACAAAUCCCUGCGUGCAUUUUCAUCAUUCGUCCUUUGAUAACGAGGAAAGUUUGGGGGGUUUGAAAAACUGUUGAAGAUAAAGAAGACUAACGAAAAGGAACAAGUGAAAAAUCAUUUUAAAAAAGAUAAAUAGAAACUAAAAUAAAUAAAACCAACUAUGAAAAGCUUGAUAAAGGAUGGGCAUGAAAGGGGAAAAUAGAGGCUAUAUGUAUAGCAUGAAUGGAGCCUCGUGAAGUGGAAAGUGUUGCGGUGGAUGCUGGAGUUGAUAAAUAUUGGUUCGCUACUAAUUGCCAACUGACAUUGCUCAUUCAAACUUUUGGUCGGAGACUUUUAACAUUCGGUGGACUUUGGCAUUCCACCCUUUAAAUUGAUUUUGCUCAGUCUAAACAUCUUGAAGAAUCUGAAAGAACAUUAAAAAAAAAAUGGAAAAAAAUUAAAAGAAAACAUAGGGGUUUUCUUUCAUUA